AUUUCCACUCUCGGGCGGUGCAAUUAAAAACCCUAAUUUGCAAUCCCAUCCCUCUCUAUAUCCCCACAAAAUUUUGAAACCCUAGCGCGCUCCCUCUAUCUCUCUCCUCUCUCUCAUGGCGUCGCCCGCGCGGGAAGAGAAGCAGAAGCAGGCAUACGAAGGAUUGGGUGCGGGUGGCAAGUUCCGGAAGACGCCGUUUCGACGGACCACCCAAGCAACACCGUACGAUCGGCCACCAAGGAUUUUACGAAACCCUAGCGCCGCCAACGAUGGCUGGCUCUCGAAGCUCGUCGAUCCGGCUCAGCGCCUCAUUUACUCUGGCGCCCACCGCCUCUUCUCCUCCGUCUUUCGCAAACGCCUUCCUCCGCCUCAGUCGACUUCUACAGGAGUAAACCAUGAAGCAAAGGUGAAGGACAAAGAAAAAGUUACUGUGGAUCUUCCUGGAGUGCUAAAAGUCCCAAUUGGUCAAUGUUCUGGUCCAAGUCAUCCAAGUACUACUGGUGAUGGAGGCGAGCUCACUGAGCUUGAAAAAAUUUUAGAGCAGAAGACCUUUACCAGAUCUGAGAUUGAUCGAUUGACAGAGCUGUUGCAUUCAAGAACUGUUGAUGUGCCAAUUGAGAAUCAAGAGAAAAGUUCUGAAGUGAUACCUUCAAAGUCGGUGGUUUCUCAUGACAGAAAGGAGGAAUUUCCUCAAACUCCAUUGCUAGACAAAAAUGGGAUUGAGAGCCGCCUUGCUUCAAACCCUAUUGUUAGUGCAAGUGUCCUUGAUGAAGAAGUUGCUUCACCUGCAGAACUCGCAAAAGCUUACAUGGGCAGUAGGCCUUCAAAAGUAUCUCCAUCAUUGUUAAAUUUGCGAGGUCAAACACACCAUGAAGAUUUCCCUAUUUUGAGCAGUCUGCCAUUUCCUUCAAAAUCGCCAACCAUGUCACUUGUGCCAAGGAAUUCUGGCAGUGGCGUGGCUCCACAAAAUGGUUUUGUGACCCCUAGAUCUCAUGGCAGGUCUGCUAUAUACAGCAUGGCUCGAACACCAUACUCUCGAGUCCGCACAAUGAGUACUUUGAAGGGUGCUGGGUCGAAAUUUGAUGCUUAUGGUGGUGCUUCAUCAUCUCAGUCUGUAUGGGAGCAAAGCCAACCUUCUGGAUCUAAACAAGGGGCCUCGAAGCGCAGAUUCUCAGUCUUAGACAAUGACAUAGGAUCUGUUGGUCCUAUUCGGAGAAUUCGUCAAAAACCUAAUCUUCUUUCUUCAAGAGGCUUGAGCUCCCCUACUACUUCCAUUCGUGGGGCAAGAAUAAGUUCUGAGGCUGCUCAAAACUUGUGGAAGCCACUAUCAUUGGGUGAACCUAAGCACAAAGCAUUACCAGAAACUGGAGACAAUUCAGGUCCUAGUACAAGUUUCUCUACUGUUCCCUCAAAGUCCAGUGAAAUGGCGUCCAAAAUACUUGAGCAGCUUGAUAAGUUGGUCUCUCCAAAAGAGAAAUCAUCUGAGCCCAAUCUCCAUAAUGUGAGAGACAAAUCGCCAACUAAGCUUUCCCCAUCAAUGCUAUAUGGUCAGGCUCGGAAAAACCUGGAGGAUGUGGAUUCACCAAAAUUUUUGGACAACGAACAUAAUAAUAAUAAAAGUUUCAAUUAUAAGUUUGAUGUUUCCGCUGAUCAUGUGAUACCAGAUGCUCGAGAAUUCACCUCUCAAAAGCAGGAUAAGGUUAGAGAAAAUGGCCCACUUAGGAUCGGUGCUCCUCAAGACUUCACCUCUCAAAAGCAGGAUAAGGUUAGAGAAAAUGGCCCACUUAGGAUCGAUGCUCCUUCUGACAGUUCAAUUUUACAAAUAAAUGGAGCAGAUUCUACAACAGAAAAGAAGGGUAUUUUGCUAAAUGUUAAAACUACAGUUUCUGCGGCAUCAAACUCUGUUCAUUCUCCACAAAAGAAACGGGCAUUCAAGAUGAGUGCACAUGAGGAUUUUCUGGAUCUGGAUGAUGAUGACAAUUCAAAUGUGGUUGCAUCUGAUUCAAGAGGAAAGGUUGAGGCAUGUUCGACCAAUAAUACGACAGUUUACUCUGAAGUGAAGACUUCAGCUGCUCCUAGUUUAGCUUCAUCCAGCUUGACAGUCUUGCCCAGUGUAGUAGCUACUCAGCCAUCCUUUACAUAUGACAAAGUUGAUCUACCGAAAGAUUCGCAUCCCGGUCUUCCCACUUUUAACUAUGGGGGUAAUGUUACUUCAGUUAAGGUUUCAGAUGCAGCUACUCCUCUGUUUAAGUUAGGCUCUAAGAGUGUUGACAAAGUUGCACUGCCAGAGUCUACUUUUACUUCGUCACCUGCAGUUGGUGAAUCCGUGAAUACAACCUUUUCACACUCCAAUGCUGAAAGCUCAAACAGUGUACAUGCGGUUGUAUCUGGUGCAACUUCUGUAGUCCAACCACACAGAUCAGGUGAAGCAGUUAAUAAGAGUACAAAUGCUGGAGACUCUUUUGUGAUAACUAAAACUACCGUAUCAUCUGCACCAUCAACCACAGGCAUAUUCUCCUUUGGUACCCCUAAUUCAAAUAUAAAUAAUGGAUCAAGCCCUCUAUUUACUUCCUCCACUCCUUCAGUCUUCAGUAAUGUGACAAGUCCACAUUCAUCGGGUAGCAUGAGUCUCACUGCCAACAGAGACACUGUUGACUUCUCUACAACUGCAUUCACCACCAACAGUAGCAAUGGUUCUAGCUUGGCUCAAGCACCUUCAUUUUCAACCACGCCUACAGUCAAAUUUGAAUCGUCUACUGCUUCAACUGUAGUCGCACCAGUUCCAGUAAAAUCUCCCUUGGAAUCUUUUGAAGGCAAGAACAAGGAAUCAUUUGGAGGCAAGAACAUGGAAGACAAAGGCUUUGGUAACAUUAGCAGCACUUUGUUUGCUGGCACAUCUGCUGCCAUUUCAAGUGCUGCUAACCAGUUCCAGGGUUCUCUUUUUGGUGCUGGCAGUGGAUCUGCUCCUAUUGCCCAGGCCUCGUCUGCUGCAACUGGAAUUGCAUCUGUUGCACAAAGUUCAUCAACUGAACCUGGUUCAUCAGCAUCCCCACUAUCACAAGGGUUUGCUGGAAACACAGCUUUCUCUUUUGGAGGUUCUAUUUUUGGCCCAACCUCUACUACCACUCCUAGUUCAGGAACCAGUACUGCUCUUGGUUCUUCUACUUCCUCAUUGGAGGCCAACUCUGUUAGCUCUGGCACUGCCCCUAAUGUAUUUGCUUCCAGUGGGCAACCUGCUGAAUCUCCUGUAUUUGCUGCCACUUUGAACUCUACAUCUUCGUCAACUGGGUUUUCUUAUGUAGCAUCCUCCGCUGCUCCUGCUACUAACAGUGCACCUAUUGUAUCCGCAGGAUCCUCCACUGCUGCUACUACUAGCACUAACAGUGUGCCUUUUGUAUUUGGAGGAUCCUCGACUGCCGCUGCUACUAUUAACAGUGUGCCUUUUGUAUUUGGAGGAUCCUCGACUACCGCUGCUACUACUAACAGUGCGCCUUUUGCAUUUGGAGGAUCCUCGUCUGCCGCUGCUACUACUAUCAGUGCGCCUAUUACUUCUGCAGCAUCCACAGUUUCUUUUACAAAUAACGGUGGAUCUAUGUUUCGAUCAUCAAAUGGUGCAUCCUCAACUUCCAUGUUCUCAUUCACUUCAGCUGCACCUAGUAGUGCCCCAUCACAGCCUCCAUUUGGCAACUCCAAUCCUGCAUUUCCAUUUGGUUCCCCAGGUAAUAAUGAUCAAAUGAGUAUGGAAGACAGUAUGGCCGAAGACAGUAAUCAGGCGUCCAUGCCUACAGUCCCAGGUUUUGGUCAACAGUUCCAGUUUGGUCAACAGCCUGUUUCGAACUCACAACUUGCCUCUGGAUUUGGAUAUACACCCACAGCCCCAGCGGCGAUUCCCUUCCAAUUUGAAGGCCAACAGAACCUAACCAACCCACAGAACCCUAACCCAUUUCAGGCCUCUGGUAGUUUCGGUGCGAAUCAGGGUUUAGGGGGCAGCUUCUCAGUUGGCUCCAGUGGCGGUGAUGGUGACAAGUCUCAACGAAGAAUAAUUAAAGUUAAACACAACAGGCCCCGGAAGAAGUAAAAACUCAGUGGUGUGGUUUUUAUGAGUCCUCUGUUUGUCACCCAGAAUGGUUCGAUACUGAUGAAGGUAUAAAUCGGCCUUCUCAGGUUCCGAGGAUUGGAUGAUUCUGUUUGCUUUACCGAUAUUGUUUCCCUUUUCUUUGUACUACCGAGCCAAAUUUUCGCAGUUGCAAUGAGAGCGUAAGUUUUCACAAUUUUAUACCAGUUUGUAGUCGGAACGAUUAUGCAAUUGUAUUAGUACAUGCAGUAGGUCAAUGGUUUUGUAUUAGUAAGUGUAGGGGAUAGGCUUUCUGGCUGGGCAAUUGCGUUAUCAACUGUUGUGUGUACUCUGCUAUUUGUAACAUGAAGGAAAACAGCGGUGAAUGUGUCGAAGCUUCUCUGCCGACAUCCCGAAUUUUUCGAGUUGCCUUGGCAGGAUACAGGACGGAGCAGUAAGCACAUUGUUUUUGGUAUUUAAACAAAAACGGAUUAGCUUCUUUCCUAA